AUGUUAACUGAAGAAUGGCUAGGUACAGUUGAGGAAUUACCUAUAAGAUGUUUAACGGCAGCCAGUUGUGCCCAACACCGGGCUAUUAUAAAUGCUGCAGUAGCAGCAUUGCGAGAUGAUAAUGGUGAGGAUGAAGAUAAUGAGAACGAUGAGGAUGAGCAUGAGGACGAGGAUAUCUUUUCGGAAUUUCCACAACAAACGGAUGACGAAUUACAAUCAGACGAGACAUUGUCGAUUACAACAGACAUUUCGGAAGAAGACCAACAAGUAAUGAUGUUGGAUACUAGUGGUGAUGACAUUUUUGUUGAAGAAGUUGUUAUUGGUGAAGAAGCCUUUGCCGAUGAAUUAAUGCCAGAGCGAAAGAAAAUCUGUAAAGAAUUUAAAAAGGUUAUAAAUAUUGUUUCUGCAGUACUGAGCAACAUCGGCAUGGUGGUAUCAUCACUCAAUAAAGCUUCACAUGGAGCUGGAUACAUUAAGAAGAUUGAUGUUCAGCAGUAUCUUAAUAAGGAUUCGGACUUCAUUUAUAAUGCAAUGCGUAGCGAAGAAGGUGACGAAUUUGCUGGGGAUAUUUGGGCGAUUAGUAGUGAAACUGCCGUUAAGUUUCAGUUUCACUCACUAUCCAACGGACAACCUCCUUCAAUAGAAAUGCAAGUUGAUGGAUUUCGGGCAACAUUUGAUGAUGCUGUUCUGAAACAUCUCUCUGCUUUCAUGUAUGAUGAUCAAAGGACCAGUGUUCCAUUGAAUUUUAAAAUUAAUGUGAUAAAUACACAGAUUAUUGUUAAGAUAAGACCCAAAGGCAAAACCAUUCCGAGUCAAAUUAAACGAUUGUGUCGUCGAGCAUGUAAAGGAAAAGGAUGA